CGCAUCCUCAGUGAGCUUGUCUGGCCGCUGUGAUUGACCACACUGUGCCCGAUGAACAGCUGCUUACACUUUUGGGGCACUUGACAAAGUUUUUCUUCGCCAAACUUCCUGAGUUUGGGACUUUUUGCGCACGCCCCAACCCCCCCACCAGUGUCCCUGUGUGGAUGGUCAGAUAGAGAAAAGUCCGCGCCGCUGGAAGCUCGCUUCUGGACUCUGGGUUUGCGUAAUGCUGAGGCGUCCUCUGUUCAACAUCUGGAUUAACUAUUUGGAGUUAGCGCGAGCGGCCCUGCUCUAAACUCCGGCUGCCUGGCCUGUGUUUGUGGAAGACUCCGUUUCUAUGGAAUGUAACUGCUUCGGACAUCCCGUGUUUUGCGAAUAGAUUAUGUAUUCUUUAAAAUGGGUGCGAACAAUGGAAAACAAUAUGGAAGCGAGGGUAAAGGGAGCUCAAGCAUCUCCUCUGACAUAAGUUCAAGCACAGAUCACACACCAACUAAAACUCCAAAGAAUGUGGCUACCACUGAAGGUAUAGACUCCAGUACAAGGACUCUGAGUACCCCCAGCCCUGGUCUGAUCCUGCCGUCAAAGUCCUCCUCUCUUUCAUCACCCGCCCUCUCCAGCAACGGCCAUGAGACCAACUCCUCGUCUUCCUCCUCUGCCCAACCUGAGACUGUCGCAGUGGUUCACUCUCAGGCCAGCACUCACACUCGCUCCCGACAGUCAAAAACGCACCACCUCGCCCCCAUCAACAUCCUCCCAGACCACACCCUAUUGCAGAUCUUCUCCCAUCUCCCCACAAAUCAACUGUGCCGCUGUGCUCGCGUAUGCCACCGGUGGUACAACCUUGCAUGGGAUCCAAGACUGUGGAGCGCCAUUCAGCUAACGGGAGAGCUGCUCCAUGCCGACCGUGCCAUCAGGGUCCUGACACACCGGCUGUGCCAGGACACCCCAAAUGUGUGUCUGACCCUGGAGAUGGUGGUGGUGAAUGGCUGCAAGAGGCUCACUGACCGGGGGCUGCAUGUAGUGGCUCAAUGCUGCCCGGAACUACGUCACCUGGAGGUUGCUGGCUGUUAUAAUAUCUCUAAUGAGGCUGUGUUUGAGCUGGUGUCCUGCUGCCCCAGCCUGGAACACUUGAACCUCUCAGGUUGCUCCAAAGUGACAUGCAUCAGCCUCACUCAAGAGGCCACACUCCAGCUGUCCCCUCUGCAUGGCCAGCAGAUUUCCAUUCACUACCUAGACAUGAGCGACUGCUUCUCCCUUGAGGAUGAGGGCUUGCGAACUAUCGCCUCCCAUUGCCCUCGCCUUACACAUCUGUAUUUGCGCCGCUGCACCAGACUGACAGAUGAAGCGUUGCGCCACCUGGCUCUCCACUGCCCUUCAAUCAGGGAGCUUAGUCUCAGUGAUUGCCGCUUGAUAGGUGAUUUCGGCCUGCGUGAAGUUGCCCGACUGGAAGGCUGCCUGCGCUACCUGAGUGUAGCCCAUUGCACCCGCAUUACAGAUGUGGGCAUGCGCUAUGUGGCACGCUACUGCCCGAGACUGCGCUACUUGAACGCAAGGGGUUGUGAGGGGCUAACAGACCACGGCCUAGGCCAUUUGGCCAGAAGCUGCCCCAAACUCAAGUCUCUGGAUAUGGGUAAAUGCCCACUGGUGUCAGACAGUGGGCUGGAGCAGCUGGCAAUGUACUGCCAAGGCUUGAGGCGAGUGAGUCUCAGGGCGUGUGAGAGCGUAACAGGCAGAGGACUCAAAGCUCUGGCAGCCAACUGCUGUGAGCUGCAGCUCCUCAACGUGCAGGAUUGCGAGGUGUCGCCAGAGGCUCUGCGGUUUGUCAGACGCCACUGCCGGCGCUGUGUCAUUGAGCACACAAACCCUGCUUUCUACUAAGGCGGGCAGUUCUUGGACUGGUCCUCUGACAAGUGGAUGUUCUAAUAUUCCUGCUAUGGUGUUGUUGGAGUUCAUGCUGAUGUGACAGAAUUGGUUGAAAACUGGGGUGCAAUACUGGCCAUAAAAUGUCUUUUUAAAUCCGCUUAAUGGCUUUUACUGCUGUCCUUUGAAAAUACUUCAAUAGAAUGAAUCUAACAUAUUUAUCUGUAGAAAGGCAGAGAAGUGCAGUAUUUCCAUAUAUUCCUUUUUUUUGUUCAUCACAAUUUGCAAUGUAACAGCAUGUUUCAACACUGAGCACUGGGUACAGUUGUGUUAGAAAAGCAUUGUUAUACUUUAAAGUUCAUAAUCAUAAUCAUAACCAUACAUUACUACUUCUAUUUAUAAACCGGAAGUAUCUUCAGACUAAACCAUUAAGAAUGUAGCUACAAAGCAGAUCUGGUGAUUUAAAAUAUACUCAGUUUCACGCUUUUUAUGUUGUGUGCAUAUACAUGUCACUUGAUAGUCACUUCAACUGGGCUCAAAGUGUCAUAUGUCAGAUUAUCGUCAAUAAUAUUACUAUUAGUAAUACUAUUAGUCAAAGGUUACUAUAAGCGAGUGCCAAAUUGUUAUGGGACCAUUGCUGAAAAUAAACAAGAACACAUUGCUGCUAUAACUGUGCCAAUAAAAUUCUUCUGAUAUCCGUC